AACUACACCUACGUUGCACAUUGCAUUGUUUUUUGAUAAAAAAAAGCAACAGGGGAGGAGAGAAUUAAGGACCGUGAGCAUUAUCGACAAAAAUGUGAAGAGCAGCCCUGAUAAAAAAAUCUCGAGUGUCCUAAAGGCUCCCAUUCUUGACGCGACGGGAACGGUGGUGAGCACAUCAAAUGAAAUGACAAAUCCUGCCUGAGUGAAUUUUAAAAACUGAAUCAACCGUUGGAUUUUCCCUUCAUUCCAAGAAGCAGAGCAUUUUUCAGCUAACUACCAGUGUGAUAUUUGGAAGAAAAGAUGGAAGGCAAAAAAAUUUAUCAAGAGACGUGCACUGUGAUGCUGCCGGAGAAAGAACAAAAUGCACUACCUCAAGGCAAAAUGUUUCCACAGUAUACCGCUGCGCUAAUAGCAACGCUGGGCUCGUUCGCCGCGGGUACGGUGAUGGCUUGGACGUCGCCGACGCUGCCACUGCUGACGGGUCCGUCGAGCCCGCUGCCCAUCACGCCUGACGAGGGCUCCUGGGUGGGCUGUCUGAUGGCUGUCGGUGCCCUGUGCGGCGCCCUGCCGGCCGGCAUCGUCGCCGACACGAUCGGCCGACGCCGCGCCAUGCAGUGCGUGGCGCUGCCGAUGCUCAUCUCGUGGGUGCUGAUCAUCUUGGCGUCGUCGGUCGGCUGGCUGUACGCGGCACGCAUCAUCGCCGGUCUCGGGGUCGGCGCCGUCAGCGUUGUGGCGCCGAUCUACGUCGGCGAGAUCGCGGCCAGCAGCAUCAGAGGCUCGCUUGGCGGCUUCUUCCAGAUGCAGCUCACCAUCGGCAUCCUGUUCGCGUACCUCUUCGGCGCCGCCGUCCCCUACCUUUGGCUCAACAUCCUCUCUGGCUGCGUGCCGCUCAUCUACAUCAUCACCCUGUUCUUCAUCCCCGAAUCACCCCAGCACCUGUUAGCAAAGAACAACCGUCGCGAAGCUGAACGCUCUCUGCGGCGUCUGCGAGGCGCCGGCUGCUACAUCGAUGAGGAGCUGCGCCAAAUGCAGACGGCUCUGGACCGCCAGCGGGCCGAGUCCACCACCCAGAUGGAAGCCUUCAAGUCCAUCUUCACCGAGAGGGCGGCCAGGAAAGCGUUGCUGAUCGGGCUAGGCUUGAUGCUGUUCCAGCAGCUCUCGGGUAUCAACGCCGUCAUCUUCUACACAGUGAGCAUCUUUGAAGCAGCCGGCAGCACCCUCUCCCCUAGCGUUUCCACCAUCAUUGUCGGCGUCGUCCAGGUCGUCGUCUCUUUCAUCGCAACCUUGCUUGUUGACAGAGCUGGACGUCGCGUGCUGUUGUUCGUGUCAGCGUCGGUGAUGGCUCUUUGUCUAGCGGCCUUGGGCGUGUACUUCCAUCUCCUGGAUACUGACGUCGAUGUCUCUUCGUACGGCCUAAUUCCGCUAGCCAGCGUUGUGCUCUUCAUCGUCAUGUUCUCGGUUGGAUUUGGGCCCAUCCCGUGGACAAUGCUUGGGGAACUUUUCCCUGCCAAGAUCAAAGGUGCAGCCUCUGCGCUAGCCUGUGUUGAAAAUUAUGUGCUGGUCUUCACUGUGACGAAGAGCUUUCAGCCACUGGUCGAGGCUGUCGGCUCCGCAGCAACAUUCGGAAUUUUCGCGGGAAUCUGCGUCGUUGCAGUUCUCUUCACAGUCUUCGUUGUGCCCGAAACUAAGGGGAAGACUUUAGAAGAGAUCCAGCAGGAGCUGGCAAAAGACCAGGAGUAGUAAAUUGCCAAUGAAACCUGAAUGUUUUGUGAGAACAACUGACCAGCGAGAUUCCGGAUUCGACGUCAUCGCACUCAAGCCUGAUGUUGCCCUUGGAGACUCCCAUUCGUACCUGA